AUGAUAGAGGUUACCUUCAAGAUUGACCAAUUAAAGAUCAAUUUAUCCUCGACAGUUAAUCCACAAUUAUAGAUUGUUUCAUACGUUCGUAGAAUAUUGCACCCGAUUGGAAUGGACUCCAUCAAUUGGGAAAACAUUUCAUGCUUUGUUACUUACAAUAACUUAGUCCAAGAUCGCAACAAAACUUUCAUUGAAGCAGGAGUUACAGAUCGUGGGGUUUUAUAAAUUAGACUUUCCUUGCGUAUUAGUAUUGAGAUUGUCAAUAAGUAAUUGCAAUUCUAGGAUAUUAAUGUUGAUGCAUUUGAAAGUACUUAAAUAUUUAAGGACUUGAUUAUUCGAAAUUACCUGAGGAACACUCCUUAUGAGAUUGGCAUUUUCAAUGUACAGGAUGGGAAACAACUGGAGAAAGAUACCUGGAUUUAAAAUGGCAUAGGAAAUUCUAUUCCUGUCUUAUUGAAUAUUUAAAUUAAGUAAAGUAUCAAAUGGAAGGGAGAAGUCAUAGAUAUUAACUUCAGCAUAUUUUCACCAAUUUACAAGGUUAUUCAAAGCUUUAUGUAUAAACUCAACAUCAAUGGCAUCAUUUCCUUUUAGUGUCAGAAUUCACUCCUCAAACCAGAACUAUCCUAUUUCAAUAAUAAUCUCCCUAUUGAUGCUGUAUGGCAAGCAAGUAUUCCUAAUGAAGUGGUUUAUAGAGUCCUCUAUUAAAAAUAAUCAAGAGAAAGACAAAUAAUUUUUAAAAAAGACUAAUAGAUUUAUGAGAUAAUUAAGAUAUUAAGGAAAGAAUUCAAUAUCACUAACCCAAAUAAAAUCACCUUGAUGUAUCACUGGCCUCUGGAUCGAUUUGCUACUGUUGCUUCAGAAGCCAUACCAAAUUUUAGUUUGCUGAAAUUGGUGGAGGAAGAUUAAAAAGGAGAUUUGCAAAUAAUUUUAUAGCCUAUUGGUGAGAAUUCGCAUGAAUCUUCUUCAAUUCAUAAUGUUCGAUACGAUACAUCACUUGAAGAUUUAUCUUCUAAAAUUUAGCAUACAUAGAAUGAUGAUGUCCACUUUUUUUUGGAAACAUAAGAUUCACAAUUGCAGCCUAAAUCCACACUGGACUAAAUGAAUGCCUAUUAUGGUUGCACUAUAUUAUAUAAAGUUGUGUAAAAGCCAAGGCCUAGAAUAGUAACAGUUCAAACCCAAUCAACAACAAAAAAGUUUGGGGUUCUAAUAGUUAAUCUCAACAUAGUUAUCAAUGUUGAUAUUGCUAUAGAAAAAAAUGAUCUUGAAGCUCUGGCCGAAGUAUUGAGAUAUAAAUUAAGCAUUCCUAAAAACUAAAUAAUUUAAUUUUCCCUGGGUACCAGAUUAUUUUAAGAAAAUUUGAAACUCGAAGAAAUCAUGGGCGGCAACUUUGAAUACUUGCAAGCACUAUUAAGUACAAAUUUACAAAUCAAAUUCAAAAACAAUAAAACAGAAUAAGUGACUACACUCGCAGUGAAUUUGGAAGACACUCUUACAAAAGUGAGUUCGAAAUUAAAAAUGAAUGCUUUAUACUCGUUUGAAGGUAAGUAAUUGGGUGGAGAUGAAACCUUUGCUUAACUAAGAAUUCAGAAUAACGGUGUAAUUUUGUAUGAAGAAACACCUACUCCACAAGACUAAGCUGAAAUCAUUAAUAAUCCUUCGGUUUAAAAACCUUUAUUUAUAAAUGAUAAACUGCAUGAACCUUCAGAGUCUAUGAGCAAUGAAUUUACGAAUGAAAAAAAGAUACCUUAAUAAAUACCUAAUUAAGUUUAGCAAGAUGCACUUAAUAACAGCAAUAAUGAUUAGAUCACGGUCAAGGCCUCUGUCGGCGAGAAAUUGUAUAGAUGUAGGGUGAAAGGAAAUUUGACUUGUGAAGAACUCAAAAAGUUCAUUUAUGAUUUAGCAAUUUAAGGCGAUCCAUUAAACAUUAAGUAGUAUAAUCUUCUGCAAGGGGACCAAGUUCUAAGGGACGAUCAAACAAUUUCUUCAUUAAACUAAAAGGAAGUUGAAAUACAAUUUAGGCUAAAAUGAUAAAUUGUUUGAUUUAUUGAUAUUA